AUGGAUCUUUGGUAUUUGACGACGACCGUUUCGUUCGGUAGUUCAGCAAUUUCAACUGGUCUUUUGACUGCAAAACGGGAUUCCUCAGGAAUCGGCGAAGUUGGGCGUAUCACGAUCACAGGUUCUGAUUCAAGUGAUGACAGAGAGGAACUGUGUGCAGAUAGAGAUGUCGUGCCAUCUCGAGAUGAGGUUGACGAGUGUUCGGGGAAUGUGAUCACUGACGAACGGGGUCCAUGGGUAACCGAUGACUGGUCAUUGGAUUCUGUGGACUCCUUAUCCUGUUCAGGUCCAAAGACAUGA